GUUCGCGUCUGUGUCAGUUGGAACGAGAUGUGAAAGAUUCAUUUAAAGUUGCUCAAGAUGGCACCCGGAAUUUGUAAAUUAAAAGAUCCACUUGGACUUCUAUUGUUGUUAUCGAUCGUACUCUUGGUAGAUCUUUGCCGUUCGGAUGAUUCAAAAGUACGAUGCAGUGCAGCUGUCGACGACGCUCUGGUCACGAUUUGCAUAAAUGGUUUCAAUACCAAGAAUUUGGGUGGACCUCUGCGGCGUCGUAGACAAGCAGGCUUAUUUCUGCCACCACAUAUUCUGCCUAACCAGUUCGUGCAGCUUUAUGCAAUAAUGCAUGCGAGAGGCAAACGCAAGCUAAGUUUAAAAAAGAUGCUAAAAAAGGACUCCCGUUGGCGGCGAAGACAUCAAAUCACUGGUAAACGCAUGCGUCGCAACUUGACCCUAAAUAACAAACCUGGUUAA